CUGUGAGAAGUGUACAUAAUUCUGCUCAAGGCAUGCGCAGGAAGCCAGGAAAAACUUACGUUAAACUCAGACUCGAGUAACUUUUAAAUUUUAAAAGAAAACGUGAGGAUCCUGCGGGAGUAGCAUUGGCCAUGGCUGUGGAGAGGCCAUUGAGUCAGCUGAACACGGAUCCCCUCUCUCCGUUAAGGAGUCAAUCCCGUCUCAAUGGUGCUUCAAUUGUUCUACACGAGUCACUGGUUGCCCCUGAGAAAAAGAAACCAGUUCCAAACCAUCUUUUAGACACAAAAAUAUAUCAUAAAUUAUCCCACAAUGAAGUACUUCAAGUGGAACCAGCAGUGGUUCACUUCCCCGGGUUUGAACCAGGAAAGGUUCAUAGACAAGUUAUGAACAUCAUCAACACAUCCUCGGAAUGUCAGCAGAUGCAUAUCAUCCCUCCGGCUACACGUUAUUUCAAAGCAUGGUACAAGAAGAGGGAUCGUCUGGUCCCAGGUUUAUCCAUGGAAGUAACAGUAGAGUUCCGACCAGAUGAGUGGAGGUACUUCUAUGACUGCAUCAGGAUACAUUGUCAGAGUACAGAGAACCUUGUGAUUCCUGUACAUGCAUACCCUGUCAUGUCAGCUGACUUUCCAGAAAUAGUCAAGUUUCCUCCUACACCUGUAUCCCAAAGAUCAAGAAAGGUAAUACCCAUCAAGUGCAAUAUCCCGUUGGAUUUUGAAUACCAGCUCAAAUUCAUCCAACCCCACCCUGCUAUCACCAUCACACCUAUGAGCGGGACCGUACCGGGGAAUGGUCAGGUCGAGCUGACCGCUACCUAUUCCCCUUCGGACUUCAGCACAGCGAUCAUGAAGCUUCAGUUGAUCAUCUCUCAGUUCAACACCAAGCCGUUGGAUUGCACUUUCAUCGGACAUUCCAGCCCUGGACUGGCUGUUCCUCCUGAAACCCAACCUAUCGACACCACAACAGAAGGUCCACUCUCACCGGUCAACACAGCAGUCCAGCUUGACCCCCAGUCCAUCUCACCCAUAUCAAUGUCCAGAAGAAAGAAAGGAACGGGCAAGACCACUAAGAAGAAGACAGUCACUGUAUCCAAGCCGACCAAGGAAGGCACGGAAAAGAACGGUGUAAGAUUCCCAUCCAAUCUGGAUGUCCAGCAUUCGGUCAAUGCAGUGUUACUGCAGACCCCAGGGAAGCUCACAGUGAAGGAGUUAAGGGAAGCUGUACAAUCCAAAUCAGGGUCGGCCCAAGCACUCAACCCAAGACAGUUAAAGGAAGCUGUGUUUGAUAGGGAAGUGAGGGAUGAUGUUCAGGCAGAGAGGAGAAAUCAAAUAAGAUGGCAAGUCCACCUCGGCAGAGAGCAGAUGCCUCAAGAAGAGAGACUACAGAUUGUUGAAACAAGAAAAGAAGCUCUCAAAGAUUAUCAUUUCAAGAGAGGAGACCCACUUCCAGAGAUAGAGUUUAACCGUGUCUCAACGACAUGCACCCAGCGACGCACCUACCGACGGAUGACCCAUGUCCCUGACCCAGUGGCACAGUUUGACCUCUACUGCAAUGACCCCUGGGCCAUGAAGCAUCGAGCCAUCGGACGCUUCCAGCAGGCCGUCCAGAAGGUCAUUCUGAGGCAGAGGGCGGCAGACAAGUGGUCCAUGCUGAGCAAGCUCGUAGCGGACUACAAGUCUGGGAAUGCUGGCAAGGUUGAGAAAUUGACAUUUGGUAACAAUGGUGAGGCCAAAUACGACCACUUACCCCUGGAAGUCAGCUCAGACAAGCUACUAACCUACGCCUUCCCAUCAUACAUCUCACCAGAUUACAAGGAUGAUAUGGCCCCUGAUGCACUGGGCAUUGUCCCUGCCAAGGCAACAGACAUUGAGGUGAAGCGGAAGGUACCGUACCUCGGCCUGAAGGUUCCCCAGCAGUAUCGGCUGAUGGGGUACAAGGCGCAUAGCGUACAGGACGCAGCUGGUGGGUACGUGGCACCCAAGCUGGUCAGACCCCUCAGGACAGGUGCAGAGGAUGAGACCAUCACCAUGCCAGUUCCUGAGCCAGCCUGGCAGGAGAAGGAUGAGGCAGCUAUGGAGAGAUUGCAAGGCAUCGAUGGGGAGGACGACGACGAUGAGGAACCGAUCGAGCUGGUAACGGGGGAGGCGAGGAAGAUGGCUUCUCAACUUGUCCCCCCUGCUGGGCUCUUCAAAUCCGUUGACUACCCUUCCCUCCAUAUAUUUAACCCUGCGCCAGGUCUUCAAGUCUUCUUACCCCCUCUACCCUACGCUGAAGUAGAUCCAGACUUCCAUCUCUGCCCCUUGCCUAGGUACACCCACUCUGAUCCCAGGAACAAACAUGGUGCAACGCUCAAGAGAUACCUGGAUAAAGAGGAUGUAAUAAAAGGAGUAAUGGCAUGGAAGAAGUUCCCUUCUCAAGGUCUAGUCUCCCUUGCUAACACACCAACGCUAACCAAUGUAUGGGUACCAAGAUGGACGGAUACCUUCAGUCCAGAUCUACUACCUGAAUCUGUACCGGAGCUUCUGGAUGGUUUACCGACUGAAGACAAGGAGAACAUCGUCUCAGAUGACUCAGAUGACGAGGAGGAUGAAGGAAAGGAAGAGAAAACAGACGAUGUUGCUCUGACACCCGGUAUGGUCAAUGCCGAGUUCCCCCUGAUAGUCCCGCCAAGAACUCCAGAUCAGCAGCAACAACCAUCGGAAAGUGAGGAGUUUCCCUAUGGUUCCAAGCUUCCUACACACAAUAAUCCAGUCUCGUCCAAUGGACCUGUCCCUAGGGAGAAGAGAGAACGUGAGCUGGAGCUGUUCCUUAAGAAGAGAUACAACAAACUUGGAGAGAAGAUUCAAGAGAGAGUAACUCACAUGAACAAUCUUACAAACGACCCUGAUCUGGUCUUACACUGAUGUCCUUUGACUUUCAAGAAGAUGAUUACAGUCUGAACAUCUAAGUCUUCAUGUUUCUAUUCUUAGAUCUUGUGAAAGGAAUGAAAUAAACUUGAAGAGAAGCUUAAAGGGAUGGUCUGGGCUGAAAGUAUUUAUAGCUUAUUAAAUAGAGUAGAAUUCACUGAGCAAA